CUAAGCAAAUCUCCCCCUCCAAAAUCAUGGAUUUAAGUUUCAAACUUUCCCACUCCACAUUCAUGAAUUUAACUCCACACUGAAAAACAAGUUUUCUUUCUAGGGGGUUAAACAAAUAUAAAUAUAAGGAAAUGCCAAGCAUAACUGUAAAAUUAUACAGUGUAUUCUUCAAGAUGAGGUUGAAGAACCGUUUGCAGGGCUGGAUCCAGACCCCUCCUGAUGAAUCCUCAAAUCAAGAAGGUGUCAGGACCCGACCCGAAGAACCCGUCUCCGCUUCCAACCCUUAUUUCACCGACGGUAUCGCCACUAAAGAUAUCCGCGUCGACCCUUCAACUGCCCUUUCUGUUCGGAUCUUCCUCCCUGAAUCGGCCCUUCUCCCUUCCGAACAGCCCCAGCCGAAAUCCAAGGCUGAAGAGUCGAGUCUAAAGUCAGAAAAUAAUGGUGAUCAAGGUUAUACCCCAUCAGGUCAAAAUUGUCGAAAGUUACCGAUAAUGUUACAGUUUCAUGGCGGCUGUUGGGUGAGUGGGAGCAAUGAUUCGGUUGCUAAUGAUUCCUUUUGCCAGAGGAUAGCCAAAUUAUGUGAUGCUAUAGUGGUGGCGGUUGGUUAUAGGUUGGCGCCGGAGAGUAAGUAUCCGGCAGCGUUUGAAGAUGGAUUGAAGGUGUUGAAUUGGUUAGGGAAACAAUCGAAUAACUCGACGGGGGAUGAGCCUUGGUUGGUAGCCCAUGCAGAUCCCUCAAGAUGUGUUCUACUUGGGGUGAGUUGUGGAGCAAACAUCGCGGACUAUGUUGCUCGCCGAACUGUUGAGUUAGGCAAGGAACUGGACCCUGUCAAGGUUGUAGCACAGAUCCUAAUGUACCCAUUCUUCCUUGCAAAUGAACCCACACAAUCCGAAAUAAGGUUGGCAAACACGUACUUCUAUGACAAGGCGAUCUGCUUGCUUGCAUGGCAACUAUUUCUUCCAAAGGAUGAGUUUAGCCUGGAACACCCAGCUGCCAAUCCGCUCGCCCCAAACCGGGGCCCACCUCUUAAGCUCAUGCCACCGACACUGACGGUUGUAGCAGAAUAUGACUGGAUGAGAGACCAGGGUGUUGCUUACUCAGAGGAGCUUCGCAAGGUAAAUGUCCCUGCUCCUCUUCUUGACUAUAAAGAUACAGUCCAUGAGUUCGCAACUCUUGAAAUGCUUCUAAAGACCCCUCAGGCUGAGGCCUGUGCUGAGGACAUUUGCAUUUGGGUUAAGAAGUAUAUCUCACUUGGAUGUCACGAGUUCUCUUAUUAAGCGCAACGUUUCGAUCAUAAAAAAAAAAAAAAAAAAGAUUCUCGGCAUAGCAUCCCAGUUGUUGGGUUGAUAGUGAAAAAUGAUGCAUGGUUGCCAUAGACGGGACCGGAAUAAUAUAUUGUAGUUUUGUGAUCUUUCUCGCUAAUCCGACUUACUCUGAUUAAUUUCCAAGUUAGCUGAGGGAUAAGAUUACAUCUUUCGGGAGUUGCAACUGUACAAAUUCUCGUGAAUACAGUUUUAUUCAAUGGAACACUCUGUUUCACUAUUUACAGUAUAGCUAUA